AUGUCUUAAUAAAGAAGACCAAAUAGUUAACAGAAAAUGUAAUAGAACAUUGUAAAAAGUUGUAAAAUUUUAGACUUAAUCAAUCAACAAUUUGAAGACUUAAUUAUAAUAAUAGAGAUAAAAUAGAUGGUCAGAAUAAAAUAUGAAUAAAGAACUUUUUGAUUUUUUAACAUAAAUAAAUUUGCAGUAAUUUUAUGGAAAGAUAGCGUAGCAUUGUGAUGGUAGUUUAUAAUAACUGAUUGAGAUGAAGUAAAUUAAUGAUUAUAAUAAUCAGAUCAACUAAAGAUAUAAAGGAUUUACCAUUUGGAUAUUAGAUUAAAUUAUAGGUAUAAAGACUUGAUUAAAAUUGAGAAAGCGAUU